AUGACGGAGUACACUCUAACUCAUUUCCAUGUCGGUAAGUACAAGAAGAAGGUUAAAUUGAAUGCUCAAAUGACCAAGGAAUUGCAAAAAGCAACCAAGGCUAAGCCUAAAGAACUAAAACUGAAGCUCACAAACGAAAAAGUGGUCUUUCAGAACAAGAAGGAUGAGCUCAUACUUGCUAAUAUUGAAAAAAUGCGCAAAAGCACGGAUGAGAUGGUUGUAGUAGCCGCCACGAAGCUGGGCUCAAACCCACCUGGUCGAAUUUUCGCUAUGAGAUUCUCUAAUUUGGAGGCGUUAAAGGAAUUUUUUGACAUCGUUGACCGUAAAUCUAGAGGUGAGGAAGUAAAGAAACCCACGCCGAAGGACUCUGUACCAACCUCUACCCCAGCCGCAUCGGAAAAGCAGACACGAACGCCUUCACGCAUGCCAAGUGCAUCCAGGCAGAGCAGUUCUGAGAUGAGCUCCACUACGCUCCCUUCAAACCUCACCACUACGAUUGAUGAUGGGCUCAGCUCAACAACUAAUCCUCAAAAGGGAAAGCGAUCUUCAGUGUCUCAGUCCCUCUCCCGACCUGCUUAUACACCACUUCCUCAAAAUCAUUCAAAUUGGGGAGCUACCACUUAUGUGACGACGGACGCGUUGGACAAACGCAGGGCUUCUAGUUCCCCCAAGCGCAAAGACAGGAUGUCAGCUAAAGACAUUUAUCCAAUAAAUGAGAAAAUUAUGAAGAAAAAGGGUAAGAACAGCUUUGAAAUGAGUAUUCUAACUUACGUGCCGGGCAAAGGAAUGGUGAAAUCGGACAAGGGGAAUGGGUACUUCUAUCACACAACGAAACGCAAUGCAUCCGUCAGUGAAACAUUGUCUUCAACUACAUCAACGUACUCGUUGACGUCAAAAACGGAUUCACCGAGGAAGAAACAGCUUCUACAUAAACCAAAAGCCAACCACUUAAGCAGCUAUUCUUCAAGCAGUCGUAGCAACGAUUCGAACAGCAGUUCUAGCGGCAGCAGCAGCAGCAGCAGCAGCAGCAGCUCUUCCUUACCUUCGUCUGUCAUUCUAGCUGAGAACAUGAAUAUCUGGAAAUGUCGUAGUCAGACCACAUUAAAUUCAUUUUCUUCCUCGGGGAUUACGGAGACUAUCACAUUGGACGAACCCGAUGUUCGAAGACCGUCAAGAACGCAAUCAAGUGAAUACGUCAGGUGCCCAACAUGUCACCAGCGCACCAAUGUUAUGAUUCGUAGGCAGUAG